AUGCACCUCGAUGACCCUGACCUGCUCCACAACAUCAACCGUGUGAUUCGCGAAAUGGGAUUAGUCGGCAAAGCGGUUACAUUUCGGAUGGACCAAGAAGCGGCUCUUGGAGCCCUUGCCGAGAAACUCACCAAGUGCGAUAGCAGCCCUGCCAGCGCAACUUUGAUUGACGUGGUUCCGGGUUACAGGCCCCAGUCGAAGGGAUCGAUUGAGCGGCAGGUUGAAACUAUGAAGCAGGGUUUUUGGUCUGUUUGGUUGGACCUGGAGAAAGAGGUUGCUAAGGUGAAGCAGGAAACGGAAGCCGUUGAGCUUGGGAAGUAUCAGUUACCUUUGGGAGGUUUGCUUUGGCAAGCCUGUGUUUUCUAUGUUGCUAGGUGCUAUAACCUCUGGUGUACUAGCGUCGGGGAUUCGAGCACUAGCAUAGAUCGACUGCAUGAGGAGAUUGUGAACCGAACUCGGACAAGACCGUUCGGGUGUCUGGUUCAAGCUCAGGUCAGUAAGUCCAAGGCGCACCAUGAUAAGUUCAGGGGCGCCCGGACCGUGAAAGCGGUUUAUCUGGGACCGGUGCACGCCAAAGGUGGCGGCAUCUUUGCCGUCCCUAUCGGAAGCAGGGAAAUAGAUAUAUUCCCCGUCGCCAGAAUGAUUCAGGGAGGUGACAUCUACGAUGCCAAGACCCUGGAAGAGCUAUCUUUAGCUAAGCCUCUUCUGCAGGACACUGAGGACCCCGAGAGGCCCAUACUGUUUGAUCCGUUGGAGGCUCCUGGUGAUGAUGCUCCUGAUGAGGGGGCUGGUGUGGGAAUGGAUGAAGAUGGUGAUGAAGAGAUGAUUGAAGAUGAGCUUGCUGACUAUUCUCCGUCGGAAGCGCCUGAGAACCAGGAGGUUGUGAACGAUGAGGGGGAUAUGGAAAUAGACUGGCUCACGAAUCACUAUCUUGAGUCCCUGUUUCGAGGGCCUGACCUGCGAGCCACCUCCACUGCAGUUGCAAAGUCGUUUGAUUUGAAGUUUGGGGGUACGAAGAUAAGGUGUGCUGUUCCUCAGAACGCUGUGUCUGAGACUUCGGGAGAGAAGCUAGAACCCGAUCUUCUUUACGCAUCAAUGAAGCUUGAGUUGGAAGAGUUGGAAUCCUUCAAGGUUGGGGAAGUGAUCCCUGAGCGCGAAGCUCGCCGUCUUGCUAAGGAAAACGGCAGGCGAGUUUUGACUAGCAGGUGGGUCAACACGGUCAAGAAGAAGGGACUGUAUAGAUCUAGGCUAGUCGUGCGGGAUUAUGCCUCUAUGGGAGGCACCACCUUGAGUGAGGGAAUCUACUCUCCUACUACUUCAUUGGAGGGUCUGAGAUUGCUUCUGUCAAUGCUCUGCCGACGUGGCAGUGUGUUGUCCUGCGAUGUCUCGGUAGCGUUCAUGCAUGCUCCCGUAGCGAGGGCAGAAUUCGUAGAGUUGCCGAAUAAUGUGAGCACCCAAGGGACUGGGGAACGAGUUUUCGUCAAAUUGCGUAAAGCGAUGAACGGAUUGCGGUCUGCUCCAUUAUCUUGGUAUUGCGAGUUGGCUGAAUACUUGCGCUCUCAGAACUUCGAAGCAAGUUUGGACCCCACUAUAUUCCGUCGUCUUACGAGGAAGGGUUUGACGAUUGUGUUGUUUUAUGUGGAUGACUUGCUGAUCUAUAGCGAAGAUGAAGCUGAAGGGCGCCGGUUCUACGAGGAGUUGCGUAAAAGAUACAAACUGAAACUUACGGGCGAGUUGAUUCAAGAUUGCCCCGGGGAAGAGUACGGAAUCACCAAACCUGCACCAAAGCUCCCUUCCCUUGAACGCCGCUAUGCUGAGUUGCUGAAGAAAGGCCAGACUGAGCUGAUCAGUCCAGCUGCUCACGAAAGGUACAGAAGGACUCUGGGCCGUUUGGCCUGGGCGGCUCUGUCACGACCAGACCUGCAGUUUGUGUGUGGGUUUCUGGGCCGCCACCAAGCAGCUCCUGACGAAGCUGCCGAGACCUGUAUGAGGGAUGUCCUUCGUUGGGUCAAGGGUCUUCCGCACAAGGUCCAGAGGUUUCCGAGCAAAAGGGAGAUCUUGGAAGAUGAUGCGGACCCUGCCUCUGUAUCUUGUUUUACGGACGCGAGCUGGAGUCUGAAUUCGGUAAGCGGCGGGAUCAUUACGUGGGAGAACUGUUCCCUGAAAAGCUUCAGCAGGAAACAAACGACUACCGCACUCUCCAGUGCGGAAGCAGAACUCGCUGCACUCACAGAGGCCCUGGAGAAGUGGAGAGCGGCUCUGGCCGUUCACAAGAGGUCCUGGAAAAGGAUCGAGAAGCUGUUGGAGCCUUACGUGGGAUUCGCUCUCCUGAAGAACGCGAAGAAGACUUUUGAGGAGAAGUGA